GGUGAAGUUACGACGGGGGCUUUAUUUGUGGACGCUCGUUCAGGAUUUUGUGUCACUUCAGUGGGAUCCAGGAGGUGUUGGACGUCUUGUCAAUACUAGAUUUUCCAAAAUAUAAAGCUCCAACAAGGUCAGGACGGAUGGGACGAUCAAGACUUCAGAAAGGGCCUGUUUGGGAGAAGGAGUGACUAUGGACAAUCUUUCUGACUUCGGCGGCCCAUGUUCGUCCACCCGCAGGGAAUGGGAUAAUAACAGCUGUGUGGAUGAUUUAAUGGAUGAAGAUGAGAAGGACAGGGCGAAAAGGGCAUCUCGUAACAAAUCAGAAAAGAAAAGAAGAGACCAGUUCAAUGUUCUCAUCAAGGAGCUCUGCACCAUGCUGCAGGGCCAAGGCCACCCGCGCAAGAUGGAUAAGUCCACCAUAUUGCAAAGGACUAUUGAUUUUUUACAGAAGCAGAAAGACAUCACUGCACAGAACGAAGUCUGUGACGUGAAGCAGGACUGGAAGCCCUCGUUCCUCAGUAAUGAGGAGUUCACUCAGCUGAUGCUGGAGGCUCUGGAUGGGUUCCUGGUUGCUUUAACAACAGAUGGGAACAUUAUAUACGUGUCUGACAGCGUGUCGUCUCUUAUCGGACAUUUACCGUCAGAUAUGGUGGACCAAAACAUCUUGAAUUUCCUUCCUGAGCCGGAACACGGGGAGGUGUAUAAGCUGCUAUCAUCCCACAUGCUGAUGACUGACCCCGUUGCUGCUGACUUCCUUGACAGUGAGGCUCAUAUUGAAUUUUGCUGUCAUCUAGCCAGAGGUAACAUGAACCCAAACGAGCCCCCUGUGUACGAGUACGUCAAGUUUGUUGGAGAUUUCAAGUUUCAUAACAAUGUGCCUACAUCUUCUUGUAACGGACUUGAACUGACGUUACCAAGAAAUCUGCAGUCAUCGCUGGAGGAGCAGGCCUGCCUCAUCGCCACCGUGCGAUUAGUCACUCCACAGUUUCUGAAGGAUUUGUGUAACGUAGAAGAUCCUUGUGAUGAAUUCACUUCCAGACACAGCCUUGAAUGGAAGUUCUUGUUUUUAGAUCACAGAGCCUCACCGAUCAUUGGUUAUUUACCCUUCGAGGUCCUUGGGACAUCUGGUUAUGAUUACUAUCACGUGGAUGACUUGGAGCUUAUAGCUCAGUGUCACAAGCAGCUAAUGCAGUUUGGAAAGGGUAAAUCCUGUUAUUACCGCUUCCUGACCAAAGGGCAGCAGUGGAUUUGGCUUCAGACUCACUACUACAUCACAUACCACCAGUGGAACUCCAAACCUGAGUUCAUUGUCUGCACUCAUACUGUCGUGAGUUAUGCUGAGGUUCGAGCUGAUCGGAGGAGAGCUUUUGGUCUUGAGGAACUUUCUCCACCUGAGAUAGCCCCCUCCUCUGUGAAGGCUCAGGAGCUGUACUUGGACAUCUGCUCCACCCUGAACCCUACGCGGGACAGAAACAGUGGAGCACGUUCGGUGUCCUCCCACAGCUCCCGGAAAUCCUCCCACACGGCGCUGCUGGACUCUUUGUCAGCGAGCUCCUACACCGAGGCGUGCACGCCGUCAUGGCAGCCUGCUACCGUCGGCCCAGAGAAGACAUCAGUCAGACUCCAGCCCGGUGCUUCAAAGAAUUUGCCUCAGAGACAAAAUUCCUUUGACCUUGUUCCACAAAUGAACCUCUCCGUUUCUCCAACCUGCAGCAAUCACUCCACGAUGCAGCAGCCAACGCAGCAGCAGCCAAUGCAGCAGUCCUCCAUGUAUCAGCUGCAGCAGCCACAGCUUGGUGUAAUGAACCAGCUGAAGGAACAACUGGAGGAGAGGACACGCAUUCUGCAGGCUGACAUUAAGACCCAGCAGCAGGAGCUGCACGACAUUAAGGAGAAGCUUCACCUCGCUAAUCUACAGAUGUUGUUACAGCAGCCUAUCCACAACGACUUCAGCCAAGCCCAGCAGCAGCAGCAGCCUCAGCAGCAGGGCCCAGGAAGGCCGGCCCAGCAGAACCAGUCGGGGGUCAUCAGGCAGCUCUCAGGACAACCCAAAGCAUCGGCCUGCGGCGCUCACAGCUCAUCCCCCCAGUCUGUCCUGAGAGAAAACAGCUCCCCAUCAACGCAGGUUAUUAGUCGGAGCAGGCAGUCGGUGAGUUUGCCCGUGCAGACAAACACGAGCCUGACGACGCCCUUCUACAGCAACCCCAUGAUGUUCUCCCAGACCAACACCAGGCCUCAGCAGAACCCAAACCAAAGACAAAGCAACAACCAGUUCAGUCAGGACGGAUCGUUACGAAUGCUCCUGAACCAGCAGAUGCAGACACUGGUUCCUACGAGCAGCGUCACCUCCCAGCCCUCCCAGUGCAACAUGGGAAUCUCCCAAACUCUAUACAGCCUGGAGCAGCCGAUCAUCGCCCCGUCCUUCACCAUGCAACAGGUCAACUGCAACGCCGUUCUGGUGCCCUCCCCCGUCUUCACGUCCCCCAUAAUGAUCCCGCACAACACCUUCAUCUCACACCAGUCCCAGUCAGCCUACCACACUCAGCCUCAGGCCUCGCAGCACUCUGUGCAGCCACAGCAGUUCUUUCAGAUGACUCAAGGACUCGUCCACGGUGGAUCGACUCCAGCUUUAUUCCACACCACUAAUGUCCCGCAGCAAAACACGGUGGGAUACAUUCAGCAGCAGCCACAAGCGCAGCAGCAGCAGCAGCCGCAGCAGCAAAGACAGUACCAACAUUCCCAAAACCAGACAGGCAGUGUUUCAGAGUUCCAGAACAUGCUGACUCGGUAG